AUGGCCUCACUAACAAGCCUUCCAUAUGAGGCACUAAAAGAAGUAUUCAACCAUAUUAAUCAACACCAAGCUUUGGCGCUUGCUCCAUUACAUUCCAAGUUUUACUUCAUUGCAAAGUCCAAGUUGUACAGAAAUAUUUAUGUGUAUUACCCCCAGCCCUUGAGGAAAGAGCUAAUCAACCCCAAUGGCUUGAAAGUGAAGUUUCAUUACCCCAAGAACAUCAACAAUCGCAAAAGCAACAUGUGUACUAUCAUAUCAUUUGACACCUUUGAAAGGUAUUUUGAGAAAAUGGAUGCAACUCAGGUGAUUGACCGUCUAGAAGUAGACGGCCAUGAUAUGCGUGUCAUCAAAUCUGCUUUAAAACAUUUCAUGGCCAUUAAAUCCUUAGAGAUCAUUAGAUCCAGACACCGUGCCUUAGUUCGUGAAGAUGUCAGCGAUAACAUUCUCGAAUGGUUGGAAACUUACCAUCGUGAUACAGUAUUUGUAUCACCGCUAAAUGAGAAUUGUCUUGAUCACACCAAACUUGAUAAUCCGAAAGUGCUUAAACUUUCUCUCGGAGGUGGUUUCAAGUCACUAGAAGUUCUUAAUCAAUUCGAUAGCUUGAUCGAGCUAACCCUUUACAUUUAUAUCAAUCAUAAGUACAGAAGUCUCCUCUUUACUUUCAAGUUACACGUGUUGCGAAUCCACAGUUAUUAUACCUGGCACACGACAUUAAAAUACCCGUUGAGCAAAGUUUUCGAUACUGCUUGCCUUCGGGAGUUGUCAAUACAUGGCGACUUCUGUCCAAUAAUGUUGUUUACCAAUCGUCGCUUAGAAGAAGAGUAUCCUAAAUUGGUAGUGUUAUGCUUACGAUUUGCUGGCGACACUUAUGCACCUUCUGGUAUUGAGAGUCUUAAAUACUUCAGCCAUGAUAAAUUAAGAGCUCUCGUCAUUUCAACCCGGACUAGUCUUGAGCAUGAAGCAAGAGCUAUAUGUGAAUUGUAUCCCCAAUACCCCAACAGUAGCAUUAACUGGUGGUGUGAGACAUCUGCAUUUCUCGACAAUGCCUUUAUUUCUCAUAACAUGAGCCUUUUCAGUCCUAAUCUUCCAUAUGGGGUCGUUGGCUAUCAUUUUCCCCAUGUGAGUCUCGAAAAUGCGCCAGAAUUCAAGUAUAUUGGUAAUCGCGGAGUGCCAAAUGAGGUAAGAACUGGGCUCAAAAGGUGGUAUACGCGGGCUGAAUUGUAUGCUCUUUACGAUUUGUGGUGCCUUACCUGGGAAGAAGAAUUUGAUAUACCUCCACUUGACUCUUGA